CCUCUCCAGGAAAGGCAAAAGCUUCAUAAGAGCGAAAAUGGUGGCUGGUGGAACUCGCCUUACCAUGAAAUUUCGAAACCCUAAAACUUCAAGUCUACCAUCACUUUUUUGUCUACCCCGUAACUUUUCUCUAUGGUCAAUGAAGAAGGACCCAGCACUUGAGUCGGCCCUUUCUCGGAACCGUCGUUGGAUCGUGAACAACCAGAUUAAGAACAUCAUUCUUCGAUGCCCAAACCAGGUCGCUCCAAUUCAGUUCAUCCAGAAGAAGUUCAAGACACUCGAUCUACAAGGUAAAGCUCUCAAUUGGCUCAUGAAAUACCCUUGUUGCUUCGAAGUCUAUCGCGAGAAUGAUGACCUGUAUUGCCAAUUAACGAAACGGAUGAUAUCUCUGGUGGAUGAGGAAGAAUCUGUGAAAGACCAGCAGGAGACGGUGAUCGUAGAGAGAUUAGCGAAGUUGUUGAUGAUGAGCUCCCUUCGGAAGCUCAAUGUAGUGAAGUUGAAUGAAUUGCAGAGGAAUUUUGGGUUUCCGGAUGAUUAUUUGGUCAGGAUUGUACCCAAGUACUCAGAGAUGUUCCGGAUUGUUAAUUACAGUGGACGACGAAACUCGAUGGAGAUUGAACUUGUUUCUUGGAAUCGUACUUUGGCGAUUUCAGCGAUAGAAAGCCGAGCUCGGGAGCAGCAGACUGAGCCAAGCUUUUCUUGUUCGCUGCCCUCAAGCUGGGUUAAAUCGUGGGAGAGAUUUAAUGAAUUUAACGGUACGCCGUAUAUAUCGCCUUACAUGGACGUUAGGGGUUUUCUGGAGGGAUCUAAAGAGAUUGAGAAGAGAGCAGUGGGUUUGGUGCAUGAAUUGCUCUCCUUGACUUUAUGGAAGAAAGCUUCAAUUGUGAAGCUUGAACAUUUUAGCAGAGAGUUUGGCUUACCAGAAAGGUUGAACGUUCUGCUGCUUAAGCAUCCAGGAAUAUUCUAUGUUUCAAAUAAGUAUCAGAUUUAUACCGUUCUUCUCAGGGAAGGAUAUUAUGGUUCAGAGCUCAUCAACAAGGACCCCCUAGUUGUUGUGAAGGAGAAAUUCGGAGAAUUGAUGCAGGAAGGGCUUCAUGAAUAUAAUCAAAGACGGCAUGUGCUAAACAUAGAGAAGAAAAGAAAGAAAGGUGAGGUUUUGGUAAGACCACCGAAAAGAGAGAACAGGAGCAUCCGUGAAACACCCGAAAAAGAUGAUCAUCCAGGGCAGGGAAGUGCUUUAUACGAUCCAGAAGAAAGAAGGCGGUUUUAUAAAGUUCUCUUUGAUGAUGACACCUCAUAGUAGAUCCAGGUACAUGUUGCACGCAUGCCAUAUCAAUUUAUAUUUGCAUUCAUUCACUCUUGAGGAUUUUCAGGUGAACAUGAUUUUCCUUCUGUUUCGAUGAGGAUGACCAUUCUUUUUCUCAGAAAUUAUUCUUGGUUGCCUCAUGACUUCUGCUGUACGUUGCUGAUGGGUUAACUUGUUUCUUUUGCCUCAAUUGCUUGAAAAGUACCAUGAAGUGGAGUUUGAAGACUCUGGAAAUCAGAAAUGAUUGAACAGGGAAGGAGACUGCAGAAAGAUGUUUCUUGUUCUAAGUUUCAAACUUAGAGAUUUUAUAAGCUGUUAAAAGCCUCAGCUGAAAUAAUGGUGAAGAUGUUUGAUAUUUUCUUUUGCAGCAUGUGCCCAAAUGAUUAUGCCAUAGAGAUGACAAGUUGCUUGUGAGGGAUCCUUCUCCUUGUGAGUUGUCAGCACUGUUCAUAAAACUCCUGCGGAAAGGGAAGGCCUGCCAGGCUGUAUAUACCCAUUGGUGCAGGAUCUUUCAAAAAAGCUCGGGCUGACUCGGAGACCUGGGUCCUUGGCUUAGCAUCGAAUGAUCGUCUGCCUUUUGGAGAGAAACUCACAACUUGAGUCAUCUAACACAAGAUUAGUCUACUGAAUGCUAACCUAACACUAGCAUUUUCUGAUGAGAAUCAAAUUUACCAUUGAAAACAGUAUUUUUACCUCCACAAUGACCGCAUGAAGACUGCUUGUGGCAUCUUAGCUGGCAUUGAAGAUAUUAACGAAGGUAUUGGCGUUUGCCCUGAGGUUAUUAGAAAGCUUGAAAUUGUUUAAAGUAUCCUUUGUUCAUGUAUAACAAUGUGAGGAAACUCCACAAAGAUAAAUUGAAAUACUGCAUAGCCGAAUGGAGUUUUGAACAUUGGAGUAAGUUAUAGUUCUCCUGGAA